CUAUAAUAUAAUUGCAUAUAUUAUAAGCGAAAAAAAGGUAGGAAAACAUGCCUGUUAGCUUAGAACCGUUGGAUGUUGGUGUACAGAUCCCAUACCAUUUCAGAUGUCCAAUUUCUCUUGAGCUUAUGAGAGAUCCGGUUAUUGUAAACACCGGUCAGACCUACGACCGGUCUAGCAUCGAGUCAUGGGUGGCGACUGGUAACACCACAUGCCCGGUCACACGUCUUCCUCUAACCGACUUCACUUUUAUACCUAACCACACACUCCGACGGCUCAUUCAGGACUGGUGUGUGGCGAACCGCUCGUACGGCGUUGAACGGAUUCCGACGCCAAAACAACCGGCGGAUCCGGUGACGGUCCGGUUGUUACUCAGCCAGGCUGCCUCCGAGUCUAACACUAGGCAUGCCAGGCUCUCCGCGUUACGGCGUCUGCGUGGAUUGGCACGUGACUCGGAGCAUAACCGUUCGGUGAUCUCAACGCAUAACGCACGUGACGUCCUCAUUGGCAUAUUGUUCUCUGAAUCGAAAGCUAACUCACUGGAGUUGAAUCUGGAGGCGUUAACGAUUCUAUCUUCCUUUUCGCUUUCUGAAUCGGAGUGUGCUAUGGUUACCUUAGAUCCAGAUCGGAUUUCCUAUAUUAUUUCUCUCUUAUCGCAUUCUUCGAUUGAAGUUAGGAUUAAUUCGGCGGCGUUGCUUGAAAACAUCAUCGCCGGAACGAGAUUGCCGGAAAACAGAGCAGAAAUCAGCAAUCGCGAUGAGGUUUUCGAACGUGUAAUCGAAAUUCUGAACUAUCCGCUAACUUAUCCGCGAGCGAUGAAAGUCGGAAUCAAGGCGUUAUUCGCGUUAUGUUUGGUGAAGCAACACCGUCAUAAGGCGGUGGAUGCCGGAGCGGUGGAGGCGAUAAUCAAUCGGCUGCCGGAUUUCGAGAAAUGCGACGCCGAGAGAGCGCUGGCGACGGUGGAGCUGUUAUGCCGAAUACCUGAAGGAUGUGCUGCGUUUGCGUCUCACGCGCUUACCGUACCUCUGUUAGUAAAAAUAAUUCUGAAAAUAUCCAAUCGAGCUACGGAGUACGCUGCCGGAGCACUGCUAUCGCUGUGCACGGCGGCGGAGCGGUUACAGCGGGAGGCGGUGGCGACCGGAUUGUUGACGCAGUUGUUGUUGCUUGUACAGAGUGAUUGUACGGAACGUGCAAAGAGAAAAGCGCAAAUGCUGUUGAAAUUGCUCCGGGAUUCGUGGCCGGAAAAGUGUGCCGGAAAUUCGGAUGGUUUUGCGUGCUGCGACGUCGUUCGGUUUUGAAUCUUUUUUGUUUGUUUGUGGAUGAAACAAAAAUAAGUUUUUUUUUAAAAAAAUGAAAGAAAAUUAAGGUUCUAGAAGGUGGUGGGGUAUAUAAAAGAUUUGAGGGAGAAUUUGUAUGCAAGAAAUUUUGUUGGUAAUGGAAAACUUGAAGGUUAGUUUUGCAAUUUGCACUUUUCUGUUUAUAGAAGUUAUUCACUUAAUUGGAAUAUGUUAAUUGUAUGGUCGUUUUCAUGUAGUUGAAACUGAACCGAAAGGACCUUUAUUUGUGCUCAAUUCACCGAGCCGAAAAUCGAACGAGCAUUGUCCGAGCAUUAAUUUUUUGAGCGAGUGUCGAGCAAGCGACGAGCAAUUUUGUUAGCCACAUUGUAUCCUGUUUGAAUUUGCAGAGAAUUAUAAUGAAAAUGUUGGGUUUCAA